AGAGAGAGAGAGACUGAUUAGAGCGCGGGACCUCUGUAAGUUGAACAGUGACCUGGUAUAAAGUGGUCGUUUGGAGGAAUAAUAAAUGAUCAUGAGUGAACCAGUUGCCGAUUUUUCUGGAAGCUGGAGAAUGAAAAGCUCAGAAAACUUCGAGGAGCUGCUGAAAGCGCUGGGCGUAAAUGUCUUUCUGAGGAAAAUCGCAGUAACAGCAGCAUCCAGGCCCUCAGUUGAGAUCAAGCAACAGGGAGAGACUCUGUCCAUACAGACGUCCACCAGUGUUCGCACUACUCAUGUGUCCUUCACCGUGGGUCAGAUCUUCAACGAGACCACUGUAGAUGGACGACCGUGCACGAGUUUUCCAAAAUGGGACACUGACAGAAAGAUCACCUGUGAGCAGACGCUUCUGAAAGGUGAUGGACCUCAGACGUCCUGGACUCGUGAGCUGAACGAUAACGGGGAGCUGGUAUUGACUAUGAGUGCUGGAGAUGUCGUCUGUACUCGUGUCUAUGAGCGAGAGUGAGGUCUCACAUUUUUGGUCUCUCUCAGUUCAUCAUUUAUUCCGUGGUACAAGUGAUCAUGUUUGCUGUCUCCUAUCAACUGCUACCAGUCUUCUGAUAUCUCAUCGUAUAUAUAAUAUCAUUGUGUUUACAGCACAGUGCAAAAGUAUUUGCCCCUUCUAUCUUUGCAUAUUGGUCACACAUUAUUGUUUCAGAUUCUCAUCUAAACUGAAUCUAAAGAAAAUAUUUUUACAGAUUUCCAAACUCCAGGAGAGAUGAUAAAGUAAAAUUAUGGACAUAUAUAAAUCUGGAAAGACUUACUAUAUUCUCUAUGGUUCAGGGAUUCCACAGUACGAACAUUAUCUACAAAUAGCAGUGGUGGUACCUCAAGUGGUUAAGGCUCUGGGUUGUUGACCAGAAGAUUGGGGUUUGAGCCCCAGCACUGCCAAACUGCCAAUGUUGGGCCCUUGAGCAAGGCCCCCAACCCACCCUGCUCCAAGGGCCCUUGUCAAACUCGCUCAAAUCCUUACACUUGUCCAUUUUUCCUUCUAACACAUCAACUUUGAGGACAAACUUCACUUCACCUCUCACUGCUCAGAAUGUUAUUACUGAUCGGUGUAUGGCUCUCAUUAGCACAGCAUCAUCAUCCUACGCACAGUGAAACAUGGUGGUGGUAGUGGGAUGGUGUGGAGAUACUUUGCUGCUUGAGGGCCUGAGAAAUUGACUAAUAAUUGAUAGAACUAUGAAAUCUGCUCCUACUGAGUUUGAGUUUGCACAAGAGCAGAUCAUCCACUGAAUGAAUGAAAUCCUGAACCCCAGUGAGAUGCAGCUCAUGUUAGAAAGCUCUUCAGUGGGCCAGAAUUCCUCCUUUUAGUAACCUAAAAGACUGAUCACAAGCAUUUGGUUGGAGAUGAUGCAAUGGGGGGGGAAUUACUUUUUUCCAUUUAGUGAUAUAGCUUUAAACACUGCUCUUCUUGUCUUGUAUUACAUUUUGUCUGAGGAACCGAAGCCAUUUUGUGUGACAAAUAUGCAAAAUAGAAAAAAGCACUAAGAGUAAGUGUGUGCGUGUGUGUGUCUUAAACCCUGUAUUUUGGCCAGUUCUUGACCACAAUUCUGCAUGAUUUAUUGUCUAAUAUUCAAUAAAACCAU